AUGAGAGUCAACAACAACAACAACAACAUCCACAAUCCGUUCGUUGGAAAUGUUACAACCGCUCUUCUUCCUUUCAACGUUCUCGUACAAUCUUUGAUGCAAUGGCCCAAAGUCCUCGAAUCAAAUUCUUCUGUUUUCAUCAUGAAGAUACAUCCUCUGAUUCAUCCACUCCACGAUUUAAUUCGAAACAUUUCAAACAUGUUGGGAGUAGAUGAAUCGGCAGCAACGUACAUGUUCUUUCUGAUGGUCAUGAAUUUUCCAAUGGCAGUUCUGUUGAGAAUGACUCGAUUUGGAAAGUGGCGAGCUUUUUUGGGAAUGUGGAUGGGAUUGUUUUACACGUUUUAUACGUUUGGUGUUGAAACUUUGCAUUCAAUUGUGGUACCUCUCAUCGUGUAUAUUUGGCUCUAUGUCACUGUUGGAAUGAGUGAUCGAGUGGUCCAAUAUUUGAGACAGCAACGUCGAACUCGAAUGGUGGUUCCAAUGGUGGCAUUUGUCUUCUCUUUUGGAUACUUGCUGGUGUGUCACUAUCAUCGAAUGUUAACGGAUUAUUUAGGAUGGAAAUUGGAUUUUACAGGUCUGCAAAUGCUCAUUACUUUGAAGUGUGUGGCUGUGGCUUGGAAUUUACAUGAUGGAAUUUUGUUAAAUAAUCCUGAAAAAUCUUCACAAGUGAUGUCUCAUCAUCAUCCAUUCCAUCGAAUCCAUCGAUUGGAACGAAUGCCAUCUCUUUUGGAAUAUUUUGGUUUUUUAUUUUUCUGUAUUCCAGUGUUAUCUGGUCCAAUUUAUGAAAUGAGUGAUUAUUUGAAUUUUAUUUAUGGACAAGAUUUGAAUCACAACAACAAUAAGGACAACAAUGAUGAUGAUACAAGUGAUGAUUUGAAGAAUACCAACAGAGAGAGAAACAAUCCACCCAUUCCUUAUUUAUUAAUUUCUAAAAAGAUCCUUCUUGCCAUUUUCAACAUGUUUCUCGUUUUGAAAACAGCUCCCUAUUUUGGAAGAGAAACAUUCGAAUCGAUCAUUUACGAGAGAGAAGGACACAAAGAAUUGAUGAAUCAUUCAACCAAGAUUCUUAAUCCAAACUCUCUCUUGUACAAAUUUUUAUUUUCAUUUGCAUGCAUGACUUCGAUCAAAUUUAAAUAUAUUGUUGGAUGGUGUUGGAGUGAAGCUGCAUUACUCAUCGCUGGUUUUGGAUAUCAGAGAGAUUACAAAAAUGGUGAAUUUAGUUUUGAAGGCGCAGAGGCAGUGAAAUUUUUGGAUCAUUUUCUUGCUUCGAAUCUACGUGAUGUGACAACGACUUGGAAUGUUUCAGUGUCAAAAUGGUUGAGAAAUUAUGUGUAUACUCGAGUGGGAGAACGACCAGGUACUUUAGCAACGGUGGUGACAUUUAUUGUGAGUGCCAUUUGGCAUGGAGUCUACGCAGGAUAUGCCAUCGUGUGGAUUCAUUACGCUCUGGCCAUGAGUCUCAUUGGACGUUUGGCUCACAAAAAGAUGAGACCCUAUUUUCUAAAUGAUCCAGAACAUGUCUUUUCAGAGAAGAAUAGCCGUGUCAUGUCAUGUAUUUACAAAGUGUUGUCAUUUAUUGCCACUGCAUGUUUCACCUCUUACUUGUUGCCUCCCUUCUUGUUAUUGUCUUGGGAACAUUCGAUUCAAUUUUUUAGAUCCAUGUAUUGGUGUGGACAUUUGGCGUUUGUUCCAAUUUAUUUAAUUUUGAAUUAUUUGCCCAGUACAAGAGGAAGAGAGAAGCACCAUCUGUCUUCUGACCAAAUGGAUAUCAAUAUUCAAAAGAAGAAGAAGGUACAAUAA